AUGCUGUGGCUACUCCACUUCCCACGCCUAAGGGGAAACUACGUGUGGCUGACGAAUAAGAUUUUCAUGCCAGUGACUUUGAACGCCGGUGCGGGACUGCUUACCACCUUGAUCAAUGUCUUCGCAUCAAAUGGAGGAAUGUGGUCGGUGAUGGCUAUAGUAACAGCUGUUGUUACUGGAGCAACAUUUAUCGUCUUUUUGGCUGUUUUGCUAGUUUACAAGCUUUAUAAACUGCCACCAUUCAACGGGAAAAGAUUUGGUCACCAAAAUCCCUCACACCCACGCACGGGAGAUUCCGAAACAUCUGCAGCGGGUAAUGACAAAACCUGA